AUGCUUGGAACAUGGUGUACCUUCUUGGGACCCUCUCGCAAGCGCAGCCUGCCCAAGGGUUACAUUGACGCAAUAGAAGCGCGUCUCCACCAAACCCAUGCGUUGUUAGGAAUUAUGCUAGCUACAUCUGACCCGCGCACUCAAUCCUUGCUUUGGCAGGACAUUGUAAAGGAUCCCUUGGCCACUGGCAAGGAAAUCAUUACGCGCGUUGACGGCGUUAAAGGUCGGAAACGCAGUAACUCGGGGAAGGAUCCCAUCAACAACGCAAAUGUACUCAUUGAUAGUAAAGGACACUCCAUUGUUGCUGGCCACGGUCUAGCGGAUGAUCCCGAAAACUCAUACUCGGGACAAACCCAAGACGUGAACACUCCCACAGAGCCAUGCAACAUAAAGGCACAAAUAUUCCCGGGGGCCAGUGAUCUUUCAAUAUGCCACUCGGAAUUCAACAAUGUUGCAGGCAAUUUUACAAAAAAUACUUAUAUUAAUCAUGUCUAUCCCCAGCCAGGCUCGGAACCCGAGCAGUUAUCACUCAAGGAUCACCUCUCCCGCGCGAUUUCGGAACUGAAAUCGGAACUGAAAUCGGAGAUAUUCCAUGCUAUAGAGACAGUUAAAGAUGUCAUAGAGACAUUCAAAGAUGCCAUAGAGACAGUCAAAGAGUUACUUCCGUUUCCAUUUUCGACCACGGCCGACAUACCCCUGGAGGAAAAAGUUGCCGAAGAUGCCCAUAAAUACCCACCACUUUCACAGGGCACAAUCCUUCUGAGUAAAACGUCACUGUAUAUACCGGGAGUCAUGAAUCAGUUGCUUUCAAGUGUCCGAUACUCCUUCUACUCGUGA